AUGGCCGGAAAUAAUGGAAACAUGUCUCAAUUCCUCGCUCCACCGACCGUUACUGCCUUGAGAGAAGAGGCACGAGUUCCGAGCCAGCAUCGAGUAGCAAUGGAUCGUUCCUUCAGCGAAGACAUGCGCGCCGAGCGCGAAGAUUUACGAGAAGCCGCGGAAGAAACUUUGAAUGUCAUAUUGGAUUUGGGAUUAGAUGGUCAUAUCAAAUGGGUCAGCCCGUCUUGGAGACAGGUCAUUGGUACUGAUCCGGAGUCUGUCGAGGCCAAGGUCAUUUCGGAUGUACUUUGGUCCAACAAGUCUUGUUUUCAGGAUGCGAUCAAGUCGAUGAAGGAAGAUGACUCUCGGAGUCGAUUCAUACGAUUCUCAAUUGCCAUGGGACCGGACUCGAUGCUGAAAUCCUCUAUCAAGGAGUCAUCCUCUACGAUCAAAGACGACGAUGGCAAUCAACAAGGCGAACCUAAAGACUCUUCCGCUGAAGAUGGAGAAAACUACCUGUCAAACGAUGUCAGGGAAGAAAAUGGUGAAGAUAUACUGGAUAUGGAAGCACAAGGAAUCAUGAUCUAUGACCGUUCAGGCGACGGCGAGGGACAUACAAUGUGGAUGUUACGACCGUCGACGUCACCGAAAGAAGUCACUAUUGAUCUUCCCCCACUUCUUGUAGAGUCCCUCGGUGUUGGAGCAGAAGUGCUGGCAAAUCACUUAACGGUUUUGGCAGAGAGAGCCGCUGACGCCAACGCCGACAAAUCCGUUACGCCCACUCCAGUUCUAUGUCGAAUCUGCGAACGGCAAAUUACACCCUGGUGGUUUGAGAAACACUCCGAACUGUGUCUCCAGGAACAUACUGCAGAAUUGGAGGUUCAGAUUGCCCAAGAAAAUCUCAACGAGCAUCGACAUGCAAUAGUCAAAGUCCUCGACGCUCUGGAAGCUCGUCAGGGUCGCUCUAUUCCGACUGAUAUUCAACAGCCCACCCCGCAGCCCGAGUAUAAAGGACUAUCCAUUGGACCAUCUCCAUCCUCGUCACUUGCGAGUUCUGCUCCAGGCUCCUCGCCAGCCACCCCACCGCGGUCAAGGGAUCCUUCAACAUCGGGGUUAGGCCAUGGAAGGGGUCGCUCUUUUGCUGUACGGCGGCCUCUGGCUCGUAUUGUGGAAUUAAUUUUGGAUCUCUGCGACACCGCGUUAGAAAUCAGUACUCCUGCUCUCAAAGAAACACGGACAGAUAGCAUAGAGGAUCUGCGGACUUUAUCCCCACAAUCAGAGUCUCGUAUCUCUCAAGUGCUACAAUGGCAGUCACCCAGCAGCAAUACGCUAGAGCAGGAACAAGGUCUGGCUGCUUUAUCUGCAGACACAGAACAAUUGGCCAAAGCCAAAGUCGACGCAGUCGUUCGUCAUCGUCGAAUUGUUGAAUAUGCAGAGAGAAUUCGCGUUGAAUACACGGUCAUGGUGGAAGAAUGUAUUGAGGCUGCGCUCAGCAAGGCAGAGCGAAUUGCUGCCGGCGAUCUCACAGAUUCUUCUUCGAGUACUGGCUCGUAUGAAUCAGAUGGCGAGCAAGCACAAAAUGCGGAUCAAGCCAACGAAGAUGAGCAACAACCAUCUCAAAGUGCCGAGUCCAGCGUUCCUUUAUCUCGAGAACAUUCUGAAACUGCCACCCGUGAACAUUCGGAUCCAUGUUCGUAUUCUCAAUCGCCUCGACGUGGUUCGUCUGUUGCAGUUUCUACUCGCUCGGCAAGUCCAUUGGAAUGCCCAACUCCUCGCUCUCACAAAAGCAUCAGUGGGGUCCUAGGUACAUCCCAACCCAUCAAGCGAGGCGAAAACAGCGAUAGCAGCAGCGUACCUUCUUCCUCUUUGAUCGCCGCCGCCAGAGCGACUGAAUCUCCUUCCUCCGAGAAAGGUCUCUCGCAUUCAAGCAGCGGAAGAAGCAGAAAGCGUAAGAGCUUGAUUUUACCCAAUCUGUCAAGCUCACCACGUCGUCAAGCAUCUCCAGGUCGUAUACAAGGUCCUGGAUCUCCUCUACGCCUAUCGAAACCUCGUCUACCCAGUGGCGAGAGUAUGCCUUCUCCUAGCAUCUCGCCGUUAUUGACCACGAACGAAUUGACAGCUCAAGGACUGCCACCACAUCAUCAUUUGCACACUCAUCACCAUCAUCAUCGACGACAGUCAUCUACUGCUUCUUCAGAUCCGAGGGCGCCUAUCUCACCACAUUUGAGCUCCGUUAGUCAACCCCAACCUCGCCCUGCGCCGCCGUCGAUCAAGGAUUUCGAAAUCAUCAAGCCCAUCAGCAAAGGAGCUUUUGGAAGUGUCUAUCUUUCUAAAAAGAAGACCACUGGAGAGUACUUUGCUAUCAAAGUACUAAAGAAAGCAGACAUGGUUGCUAAAAACCAGGUUACCAAUGUCAAAGCGGAGCGAGCCAUCAUGAUGUGGCAGGGUGAGAGUGAUUUUGUUGCCAAAUUAUACUGGACCUUUUCCAGCAAAGAUUAUCUUUAUCUUGUUAUGGAGUAUCUCAACGGAGGUGACUGUGCCUCGCUGGUCAAGAUUCUGGGUGGGCUACCCGAGGAUUGGGCUAAGAAAUACAUUGCCGAAGUGGUUCUAGGGGUUGAGCAUCUACACAACCGAGGAAUUGUACACAGAGACUUGAAACCAGACAAUCUUCUUAUUGACCAGCGCGGUCAUCUCAAACUAACUGAUUUUGGGUUAUCCAGAAUGGGACUGGUUGGUCGUCAAAAACGUGUGUUGAAAAGCCCCAACGAGUCCGCACCGGACUUGUUGAAGCAAGGACCUUUCCCGCGAGCUAUGUCGCUAGCUUCGUCACGCUCUGCAUCUUUUGACUUUCAGGGAGGACAAUCGCCCAGUUCCACUCCGAUCAUGACACCUGACGCUGCCGGAAGCUACAGUCAGCCUUCGUACUUUAGCUUGAAUCAACUCCCUCCUCCUCGUGAAAGUCUAGGGCGUGCAUCUGGAUACCGUAGCGAUAGUGGUGGAAGUGAUAUUUUGAAUGCAAUGUUCCGGACAUUUUCGCUUAGCGAAGGUGCAGAGACUCCCGCGCCCCUGCCACCUCCAUCUCAAGCUGUGACAGAAGAUGAGGCACCUAGUGAAGGGGGGGAAUCUCCGCAUCUAGUACCAUUAAGCCAGACCGUGAGUGCGACGUCAUCAUCAGCGAUGCACAACACACCAUCUGCACAAUCCAUGCUACCGCCUCCGAUGGCCUUGUUCGAUCCCGAGGACCAUAAUCGAAGAUUUGUCGGCACCCCUGAUUACUUGGCACCGGAGACAAUCAACGGCGUCGGCCAAGAUGAGAUGAGUGAUUGGUGGUCACUUGGUUGCAUCUUGUUUGAGUUUCUUUAUGGAUAUCCCCCUUUCAAUGCCCCGACACCAGAUGAAGUUUUUGAAAACAUUUUGAACAGGCGGAUCAAUUGGCCCGAUGAAGCUCACGAAUUGGUAUCACCAGAGGCCAUUGACUUGAUGAACAAACUGAUGACACUCGAUCCGCAACAACGAUUGGGUGCCAAUAUUGAAGAGAGGUUCCCUAAUGGAGGCGCCGAGAUUCGUAGUCAUCCUUGGUUUGCUGACAUCAAUUGGGAUACAUUGCUCGAAGACAAGGCGGAGUUUGUUCCCAAUCCUGAAAACCCAGAAGACACUGAGUAUUUUGAUGCUCGCGGUGCGACUUUACAAUCAUUCGAGGAACUUGAAGAUGCCCAAUCUCCUCAAUACCCGAUGACUGCCGGAGAGUACCCCGAUCGUCCUCAUGAUGCUCUCUCCAAAGUUCGCUCGCAAGUGAACUCGAUUAAGCGAGGACUGAUGCCUUUGCAUAUUCCGCCGCAUGUCCGAGAUACACGGAGUCGACGUUUGAGCGAACCUGUGUUGGCCGACGACUUUGGUAAUUUCAACUUCAAGAACCUUCCCAUGCUUGAACGGGCAAACAAAGAUGUCAUCCAGAGACUACGGCAGGAAGCCAUGCAGGCUCAGCAGAGGCAAAUACCAUCGACAACGGCAUCCCCCAGCGUUCCUAGCUCUACUCCGUCUUUAGAAGGUAGCCCACUACUUCCCAUGCCGUUACAACGCACACUCUCACAGACGAAAGGGAAUCGACCUGCGUCUCCAUCUGGAUUAAGUCAGACAGGAUCUUCUCCGAAUCGACCUUCGCAGCCUUCUUCUCCGUUACUUGUUCAGUUCAGCACUGGCCAAAACCACGAACGUAGAAAGACUUCUGGGUCCUCUUCGGCGCAGUCACAACAAUCGGUUGGUUCAUUACCUGAUAAAUUUGGAGAGGUUCCCCGUCUAACAGCUAGUGCCAAGCUUGCCUCUUCCGCGCCAACAUCGAAUAAACCCGGACGAUUAACUACUCAUUCGCCAGAGAAGACUGCAUCUGGACCUCCCCAGUCAGGCCUCACUCGUGCCAGAUCUCAAACGAUAGGAUCGCAGGACAGCGAGGGACAUUCUGUCUCGUCCAAAGAGCCAUUCAUUCCGACCCACCACAAACGUCGUAGCCAACUAUUCGACAUCUCUCCCUCGUCUUCUGAUAACGAAGAUCCACGAACAAAAGCAUUAUUGAAGGUACAGCGGAGGCGACAGAGCUCUCGACGACUCUCCCAGAUCAACUUGCUCGAUGGCCCUGUUUUCCGUCCUCUUGAUAUCUUGAUAUGCGAAGAUCACCCAGUUUCUAGGCUAGUUAUGGAGCGACUGUUUGAGAAAUUACGCUGCCGGACAAUUACCGCUGUCAAUGGUUCCGAAGCUAUUCGGUACGCCUUGAGCGAGGUCCAAUUUGACAUUAUCAUGACGGAAGUCAAACUGCCUCAAAUUAAUGGAGCGGACGUCGCUCGCAUGAUACGUGAGACGCGAAGUGCAAACAGACAUACACCGAUCAUAGCGGUGACUGGUUAUCUUAAGGAUCUUCCCGAAACACAUCAUUUCAAUGCAUUGAUUGAGAAGCCGCCAACAUUGAACAAACUGACCGAAGCCCUGUGCAGGUUCUGCCAGUGGAAGCCGCCACCAAAAGACUACGUUCCGACACACUCGCUGAUGAUACCCCCACUCCCGCGUGGUGUCAAUCAAGCCGAGGACAGCCCCAGCUCCAUUUCCUCUGGGUUCCAUCCGGUACCUUCGAGCUCAUACAGAGGCUCCAGUAGAGCUGAUUCGGUUGGAAGUAGCUAUUUUGGCGACAUGGAGUCGACCAAGGCUGAGGAGAUUCCUGUUGUCGUCAGUCGUCAUAUAGAUAAUUGGGGAGAGGCGCCGGAGGGCCUCGGAAUAUCAGAAGGAGCAGCAGCGCCUGCAGCUGAUCCUAAGCUCAAUACAAACAUUCCAGGCCCAUUGAAUCUUCCUCCGUUGCAGCAUGCUUUCUCAGCGCCACCCACAUCUAACCCUCCAAGUCUGACUGUGCCUCGCAAACAGCGAUCUAGUGAAGCCAUUCGUGCUAAGCGGGAGUCUCUGGAGAAAAGACGUUAUGAAGGCGCUGAAUCUGGAGACGAUGAAGACGAAGAACUCGGGCAUCUUCAAGCUAGACACCGUGCUCCACAUACGUCGAAGGGACCUCGUUCUAGUUCAAAGCUGGGCACGGAGAUGAUGCGAACCAACAGCCGUGGAAGUGUUGUUAGCGGCAGCGAGGAGAUCUUAGCCAAAGAGAGACCUGCAGAGUCGGAAGCAGGAGAUGUUCAAGGCUUGGGAGAACAACUCGAGGCAUUUGACAUGUCUCAAGAUGAGGUGUCUUCGCCUGAAAGGAAGGAUUCUAAACCAGAGUCCCCGCGUUCAUCACGAUCCCUUGAUCAUAUGAGGCGUCCAGCUUUGGAACCUCUUCAUGAGUAUCCUACGGAGAUCCACUCUCCAGGUAGUUCUGAGCCGAGUGCACAACAUUUGACGGCCGAAAUUUCAAUUCCGUCCAAGGAUGGCGCUACAGAUGGAGGUGACAUAUCACCCGGCCAAACGGGAACUUCGUCUGUAGAACCUACGGAUUCAGAAGACAUAGACCCCGAUGCAACUCCAAGGCCAGCUCCAACUCCAGCCAUGUCAGAGCCUGAUGAAGCGACACCGCGUGGUCCAGCCAAGGGUCGUCACGAAGAGAAUCAGGAACGACCAGGAAGUCAGGCGGGUCAUAUCCAUCUUCGAGAUGUGCUUCACUGGAGAAGACGAUAACCAUGCCGACUUAUUUAUUCACAUUUUAUUCAACAUCAAUUGUGACCCGAAGCAACAAAGCGAGGACUUAUUUCGGCCAUCACUAUUGAUGUUAUCUGUCUUUUUAUGCCACGUUACGAAUUUCUUCUAUUAUCAACAUCUGCAACAACUCAACUUUCAGAUUGGUUUCUGCCUUGUUCACAUUUACAGCCUGGAGUUUCUUUUUUGUUCUCUUCCAAAACAUCGAUUAUGCUUAAAGGCGUUCAUAUCACCUGUAUUACUUUCGUGUUUUCUUAGAAUUAAACUCUCCCAGGUAAAAUGUCUGCAACUAAACUGGGCUACUUUAUUUCUUUUCUAUGUUCUCAUUCGAUUACCAUGUGCAUAUUUAUCCUGGAGGUUCACCUCUAUUCUUUAUUCUUUAUGAUUCAUGAAUGGUAUUACUACUUGGUCAUUAUGAUGACUGUUUUCUCUUCUAACUUGAAAAUCGUCAUGUUAGGUCCAAAGUUCAUAAGCCUUGCACGGAUAAUUGUUUCUUC